AUGCAGAGUCUUCCAGCGCUCUCCCCCAACAUCCAGUCUCGCUAUAUACAGGUCGCAGCUACACCAGAUAACUCAGAACUCAAGUAUACAGGACCACUCUUCCAGUGCCUUGCCACCAUUCAAAUAGUCAGUUCUGGAUCAACCCACUCCCCCUCCGGUGGACAAAAAGCCAGCUGGAGAUGGCUUGAGAACACCCUACAUCACGCCACGUCCACCUUCAGCAUCGACUCUCUGCUCCCUUUGGACUUCUCCAUAGAGCUCGACUACGAAGAUGCGAAGAAGGAAUUCAAGACCGGACAACGGGAGCAGUUCAUAUACGACGAAAUCUCAAACCAAUGGGAUAUCUGUUCACUAUUCGACAAGGAUCGAGAUGUAGAAAAUGAUGAUGUUGCAUUUCACCAACCCAUCCAGGAGCUCGAUACCACACCAACUCCACAAGUAAACAACCCUCCUACCCUUUCAUCGGACCACAAUGAGUUGGGAAGAACAGUGGUGCACCAAACACCUAUUGGGCAGGAUAUGUUGUUUGGCAGCUCGCUGGAAGAUGUCCUAUACAGCCGUUAUGGACUUCUCUGCAGCACGCAGUCCGAAAUACAGUCUGCAAUAGACUUUAUACAUGUCGAGGAAUCUCAAAUCAUUGAUGCUUACACCAUUUGCAAAUACAUAAUGGAAGUCAACCUCCACUUGGAACAUCGCAGCAACGAAUUUGCCAUCUGA